AUGGUGUGGUUUUUACGUGGAUUGAAUAAGCUUCUUCUUUGGUAUAUUGGAUUUUUAGUGCUUUAUGGUAGCUUGACGAGGACGAUUCAAGGCCAUAAUAAAUGGUACCUGGAAGAAUUGGUCCCCAAGCGAGUUGCUGAGUCAUUGAGCUCUGUUACUUUGGUUGUGGCACAUCCGGAUGAUGAGGUGAUGUUUUUCAGUCCAACUUUGGCUCAAUUUAACGAGUAUUUGCCCUUAAAUGUGCCGGUGAACGUGGUUUGCAUGACAUCCGGGGAUGCAGAUGGGCUUGGGCACAUUAGAAGACAAGAAUUGGUGAAGUCUUUGGAGGUUCUGUUUCAUGGGAGGGAGUUCUCUAGCCAUGUUUUGGACUUUGAGGAUGGUAUGGAGGUUUCGUGGGACUCUGGAAAAGUGAGCGAAGAGUUAGCUAGGUACAUCAAGGACUCGAACCCACUGCUGGUGAGUUUUGACGAGUUUGGUGUUUCAGGACAUGUGAACCAUAUAUCGUGUGCGAAAGCUGUUCAAGAUAUGCCUCACAAGCAUAAGUUAUUCUUACGGAGCGACCAGCCUAUAUAUGUAAAGUACUCUGCAUUUGUGACGGGAUUAUUCAAGCUAUUGAUGAACAAGUACAAGCAGGAUUAUGAGAGGCCACGUUUUUUCAUGUCGACGUUGCCUCAGUACUUUUUGUCUGUUAGUGCGAUGUCCAUGGGGCAUGCGUCGCAGAUGGUGUGGUUCAGGGUCGGUUGGUGGUUGUUUAGCAGGUUUUGUUUUAUCAACGAGCUAGUUGGCUCGUUAAAUUAG